ACCGUGAACAGCACGUCACUGAGAAAUCAUGGCGCCGACCAGAAAACGCAACGUGAGUUCGGCAAAAACAGCAGAACGAAGUGCCAAAAAGGCCAAAAUUGACCUUAACAGCAAAGUCGAGAAUAUUCUGAAGAGCAGAAAACAUGCCAACGACACGUUUGACAUCCUUGAAGUCCUUCAGGUAAUGAAUGAGUUAGAAUCAUAACCGAACAGCAGACAUGCUGGAUCAGUUUGUCAUUUCAGUCGCUUUAACGGUAUUACCUGCUCUGUUUUUCGUCUUGUUUGUGUCAUUUUGCAGUCAGAUGAAGAAGAAAAGACGGUUGUUAGCGCUGUUAAUGCGUGCAGUACACUGUUCUGCACCCUGUUAGAGAAGAAAGAGCUGUUUAUAGGAAAACUGCAGGAGGAGGAAGACGCGCUGAGAGGUGAGGAUAAACGCCUCAACUUUAUCAACUCUUAUAUGUGAUGGAUGGUAGACAUAGUAUCUACUUUAGCAUAUAUAAUAUAAAACUAUUACUGUUGAUUAAUCCAAUCAAACAUUGUAGGGGAGAGUGGGGUGAGUUGAGCCAUGCACCCCCUGUUGCUUGGAAAUGUGAAAUGCGCUGUUGGUUUGCAGGGAUGCGCAACAUCUUGAAAUAUAUGCAGAUACACUAGUUAGAGACAAAACUAUGAUACUUUAAUAAAGUGAUCUGAAAUAUGAAAAAUGUCUCAUUUUACCCCUCUCUUCUUCAUACCACAUUUCACAUUGUCUUCUACAUUGUUUAUGUGUUUAAUUUCUGGGACAGGAGAGUUCAGCGCUGAAGAGAAGUACCGUAUAUUCAUGAGACACCGUUACAACACCUGUGUGGAGAUACUUCUUGAGCACCUCAGCCAUGAAAGACACGCAGUUAAGGUGAGUUUUAUCCUGUGACCUGAAUUAGCAACCCCGCUCAGGUUUACUAAUGCCUAAUUACUAAUGCCAACCAUCGUGUUUGUUAUUCCCUGGGUUGUAUAUUAAAAGCACAGCUUCUAUCAGGAAUAAUGCAAGAAUCAAGGGGCCCAGGAAGGAAAUGAAGAUUGUUUGUUUGUUUGUUUUCCAAAUACCAGGAGAACACCCUGACCUGCUUGAUGAAGUUUGCUGCAGGAGAAGGAAAGCAUCCUCUCGAAGACUUGGACUGGUCUGAACACUACAGUUUUCCAAGAGAGCUCAUCUCUGUAGGAUUUCAUUUUUCUUAUAACCUGGAACUUAAUUCAUUUACUCAACCUUUUCAGUUUAUGUGUAUUCUGAUAUUUCUCUUAACAUUUUUUAUGGCCAGGCUGUGGUGGAAAGACUGUUGUCCAAAACUACCGACAACUCCCUGCUGAUCUCCAGAUUCCAGGAGUUUCUUGAGAUGGAGGAUGUGCGCUUCUAUGUCAUGAGCUCCAUUCGUGAGAAUGUGGGCCAGGUCAUGGACAAAAACAAAGGGGUAAGAAAACUCACAAUGGGCUGUGCUUACUUGUUGCUUUUAUUCAUCUUUUGAAAUUUAAUAAUAAUCAGUUGAAUCAAUUACCGAAAUAUCUUAUUUUGUUCCUCUUAGGCUGUGAUGCCCAUUUAUCAGAGUAAUGUGUUGACCCUCAUGUCAAACAUCAGUGUGCCAAGCAAGGAGUCUGAGCUCAUCAACUUUAUGGUCAAACAGGAAGGUAGGAUCUAGUUUUCUCUAAUGCCAUGGUGUGAUUUUCCUCCUUAUAAUGAUGCUGAUCUGUAAAUUAAUGGAGUUUUUUUAAGUUAAGAUUCCUCAGGUUGUUAAAGUGAUCCUUUUUUUUUUUUUUUGCAGCUAAGCAUGAAGACUGGAAAGCUGCAAAACUUCUCGUACGUAAUACAUUUGUUAUCACAUGUUCACAAUGUUCCUAUCUUACGAGCAGCUACUAAAGGAAUUGUACCUCAUUACAGGAGCACAAGCGUGUCUUUGAGAGGAUGUGGCUGGGCUUCCUCAAGUAUAAGGUAUGAUGAAAACACACCUCAAUGUUUUCUUUUGUCUUAAAUGAUUAAAAUGUUGCUCUUCUGUACCCUCAAGCUUUGUCUCUUUCUUGUAGUUGCCAAGUAACAUGUAUAAAAAGAUCCUGGUGAUCCUCCAUGACUCCAUCUUGCCCCAUAUGAGUAAACCCACGCUGAUGAUUGACUUCUUGACUGCGGCCUAUGAUGUUGGUAAGUUGAGCCUCUGACUUACUUCAUGCUCAUUUUCUUCAAAGGUCAAUCAGUUGUACUGUGAUUUCGUCUCUGCUUCAUGGGAGGUGAUGCUUACAAAAGGUGAUGAUAGCAAUAAUGAUCUGAAAUGUCGUCAUGUUCGGUUGAACAGGUGGGGCUAUCAGCUUGUUGGCACUCAACGGCUUGUUCGUUCUCAUUCAUCAACACAACCUGUGAGUACAGUAUUUAAAAGAAAACAAUAUUUUUCACAAAAAUAAUAAUCUGAUGUGUUUAGAAACACAAUAACUAGCUGCACGCUGAAUCUGCAGAAGACGACUGAAUACAGAAAUCUAUUUUGAAGCUGAAGAACUUAGUGAGUCUGUUGUGUUUUUUUUUUUUUUACCAGAGAUUACCCCGACUUCUACACGAAGUUGUACAAUCUGCUUGAGCCGUCUGUUUUCCAUGUGAAGUACAGAGCUCGCUUUUUCCACCUUGCUAACCUCUUCCUCAGCUCCAGGUAAGCUGAUCUGUACUUCCUAAAGUGUUAUCUAGUUCUACUGGUGUUACUUUGUCACAUACAGUUUUAGUUCUUCUUAAAGUAGGUCAAGAGCUUCUCCAUUCUUAGUAAUUUGUGUUCUUCCUAUUAUUUACAAUACUAGCAAUAAAAAUGCAUAAGCUUAUGCUCAUUAUUUACAAUAUUCUUUUGAUAUGUUUUUGUGGGUUUCAGUCACUUGCCACUGUACCUGGUUGCUGCUUUCGCCAAACGCCUGGCCCGUCUGGCUCUCACAGCACCACCCACAGCCCUCCUUUUAGUGCUGCCCUUCAUUUACAAUCUGAUCCGGCGCCACCCAUCCUGCAGAGUCCUCAUCCACAGGCCCAGUGCAGGAGAUGGUGAGAGUCAGCUGAACUUAUUAGCAUUUGUCCCCUCAUCAGCCAGUAACUAUCAAACCUGUCAGCGGUUCCAGAUUGGUCUGAUUUACUAUGAUACUGAAAUACUGUCAAAGGAUGGACAAUCUUUUCUGAAAGCCUUAAGGAUGAAUGGAUAAAUGUAGGUGUGUGUCUUUGUUGAUUUUCACAGAGCUUUUGGAGGACCCAUAUCUUAUGGAUGAAGAGGAUCCUGCACAGUGCCGUGCUUUGGAGAGCAGCUUGUGGGAGAUUAAAGUAUGUGCUUAUUAUAGGGUGACCAUACGUCCUCUUUUACCCCGACACGUCCUCUUUUGGGCGGCUGUCCGGCCUGUCAGGGGGAGUUUAUAAAAUCCUUCAAAUGUCCGGGUUUUUGUAUGGAAACCUGUUUUUUUUUCACUGGCGGAAACAGGCUUCCAUGGUUUUUAGUUUGUGUAAUGUGUAAUUUGCAUCACAGACUAUUGUAUUUACCGUACAUGUUCAAUCGUUCAUAUGGAAACACAUUCUCACAUUCAAAGCCACUGACAAGAUGCACGCAUGCACUCUCUGCCAGUGGGCAAAAGAAAAGGGAGAGUAAAUUUGUAUGUGACUGAUAAUUUUGUUGAGGAGAAAUGCUUUAGAUAAAUGAAUAUAUUGUUUAUGAACGCAACUUUGUGUGAGUAUUUAUCAGUAUCUCCAAGAGGCCUGGUUAAGUGUCUUUUUGGUAAUUCAGAAAUAUGAGUGUAACUGAGUUAGAAGCGCGUAAAAAAACACUUGACCCGACCCAAAAAAUCCUCAAAAUUUUGCGCGGGCACAACUUGUAGUAGUGUCCUCUUUUUGGGGAUUUAGAAUAUAGUCACCCUAGCUUAUUCAUGAUCUUGGAUUGAGCUGUUAUGUGUGACAGCCACGGUGUCUGUCAAAUUGAUUUGAAAAACGUGACAAAAAUGCACUUGAUUUUGGGUUCAUGUGUCUUUCCUCCUCCUGCUUCUCCUGCAGACAUUGCAGAAGCAUUAUCACCCAGAUGUGGCUAAAGCUGCCAUGUCAAUCAACACCCCACUUUCAGCGCAAGAGGACGACAUCAGCGAGGUUUUAGAAAUAACUACAUUUGAGGUGAUGCCGUGCUUCUAUUUUCCUUUUUAUCAGUGUGUAUUGUAUUUAAAUGUUUACCUUUGCAAAAUGAGAUAUCAGAUGAACGAUAAAUUAAGAAUACAACUGCAGAUUCAUUCCUUCUGGUCAUCAUGAACAAUGUGCUUUAUGUUCUUUUAUCCUCAGCUGAUGGAGAGAGACCUAAAACAGUCUCAGAAGAAGAGCAUUCCUCUGGAGUUUGAAACGGCCACUCAGUUACUUAGAGGAGGAGAUGUGUUGGGACAACACUUCUGCCUGGAUUGAAACCAUCAUAAUAAAAUAAAAAAACACAAGGAACUAUUUUGACAGAUUAACUCUGGCACCAGCAGUAGUGGUGGAAAAUUUUUUAUAAAAUGCAGUUGAUCUAAAAAUGUGCUGUAAUGUUUUUAUAUCUUUGGUUUAAACUAGGGCUGAAACGAUUACUCGAGUAACUCGAGUAACUCGAUUAAUAAAAUUCCUCGAGGCAAAUUAUAUGCCUCGAGGAAUCGUUUAAAUCCGGAACCAUGUGCAGCGCACGGUGUUUGACACGGACGGUUGUUUCUGUUGCGCAGCAGCGUGCUCUUUCCGCUCCUUCCGCUGCCGCGCGUUUGGUUCAAUCAUGGGCUGUGUCCGAAAUGGCAUACUGCCUACUAUCUACUUACCUACUCAAGCAGUAGCUACUGCCUACUGACUACUCAAAGAUGAUUUGAGUAUGCCGCGGCUGCCCGAGCGUUUACACACAUACAUACUACAUACCCCAGAAUGCAUUUCGUGCCGGCCGGACGCAGCGCCGGGAAAAUUUAAAUAGUCCUACCACAAGCUACACAGAACGACUGCAUCCCGGACAAAUUAUAUAAAUUCAUUCAAUUAUAAUAUUUUUUCUAGCGAGAAAGUAAGUGUUUACAUCACGAUUAUGAGCCCAGUUGUUUGAAAUAGUGGCUGUUUGUAAAUUUGUCUCGGCGUUUUCGGAGACCGAAGCGUCCACUUGGUCGGUGUUUGCGUCUAUUUACCGUAAACACCGGGCAGCAGCAGCUCCCCCUUCACGUUUCCAAAUUAUUGCGAAGUUUUUUCAUAAUCAACAUCUACACGACACAAACCGGGCGACAGUGGAUGAAAAAAAUCACACAAACAUCCGUGUAUCCAUGGUGAUAAUGCUAUACACCACCUGCUAGGCGUGUGAUGAGCAGCAGAGGGCUGCAAAAUGACCAACACACAACAUAAUUAUUAUGACCUCGUUCGGUUAUUCCUUGGCAAAUACAUCAUUUCCCGACUACAUUCUUUUCAUGUACAAUGAUUAUUUCAGAAACCAUCAGAUUUUCAAUCACAAGUAAGAAUUAGUAAAGCUCACAUAGAUUGUCAACUGGAAACUCCCCCGUUUGUAUAUUCUGAACCAUGUGCUCUCUACAAAAGAUAAUUUUUAUUAAUCAGAGGUCUGAGCUUAAUAUGAGCGACCACUUUGAUGAUGCAUUCAGAGAUGAGAAGAUGCUCAAACUUGAUGUAAUAAAUACAUCUUUAAUAGACACUUAAAUAAAUAAAGUCAAUUCAUACGAAUAGUUAAAAACAUUACUUAUAAUCCUAAUUUAAAAUACAAAUAAAUCUGGUAAAAAGAUCAAAAUAUGAUAAAAUGAUGAAAAUUGUGUAAUGUAUACUGACUAAAUAUUGUUUAUCUAUUUAUAUAUAUAUCAUUAUUAUUGCAAUCACAUGCCAUCUAUUUCUUUUCAGCCUCGGGAAGGAGGGCCAUAUUACCAGCUGAGGUGCGCAAUGCAUUGUGGGGCAGAAGCAGUACGUGAAGCAAGCUCCGUUGCACACUCAGAAAUCGAAGCUGAUUGAGUAUACAUCCGGGCAUUUCUCGCAUACACAAAAUUCACAUACUGUACAGUGUGAACGCACUGCCUACUCAAUUCAGAGGCGGGGUUAGUAGGAGUAGUAGGAGUAGUAGGCCAUUUCGGACACAGCCAUGGAGGGAAACGAGGACAGACAGAGAGAGGAAGAAAGAGAUGACACGCAGAGGAAACGGCAGAAAGUGUCUAAAGUGUGGGACCAUUACACACUGAAAAGGAAAGAAAACGCCGUGCAGUGCGUUCACUGUAAGGCGGAGUUGGCGUUUCACAACAGCACGUCGUCAAUGCUGCAGCACCUUAAAAGAAAACACCCGGUCCAUGCAUUAAGUCCGCAGAGCGGACCAUCCAUGCAUUAAGUCCGCAGAGCGGACUUAAUGCAUGGAUGGUUUUUAAUGAGGCAAACGUGAUUCAAUGCAAAGUAUUACAGUGAGAGCAAAACAUUUCUUAUCCGAUUACUCGAUUAAUCGACAGAUUAAUCGAUAGAGUACUCGAUUACUAAAAUAAUCGAUAGCUGCAGCCCUAGUUUAAACCUUCCAGGGGAAGCAAUUGGUUUACUUUCUAUAAAACAUUAUUAAAUAGUUUCAUGUUUCUUUUGAUUUAUUUUUUAGGUGUUAUGUGGUCAUGUACAGUGCACAUGUACAUUUUCUUGUGUUACAGCCUUAAAAUUCAUUAAGUUAAAUUCAUGUUUUACCUCAACAUUCAACACACAAUUACAGAUAAUGACAAAGUGAAAAAAAAUGCUUUGAAACUUUUGCAAAUGUAUAAAAAAAACAACAAAAAAACAAUGGUUCAAAUCGGGGCUCUACCUGGGCCACUUGAGGAUAUUCACAGAGUUGUCCUGUAGCCACUGCUUUGUUAGCUCGACUGUGUGUUCAGGGUCAUUGUCAUCUCCCCAGUCAGAGGUCCAGAGCACUCUAGAGCAGGUUAUCAUUGAGGAUGUAUCCAGACAUUGCUGCAUUUAUCUUUCCAUCUACCCUGAUUAGUCUGCCUGUUCCUGCUGCCGAAAAACAUCCCCACAGCAUGAUGCUGCCACCACCAUGCCCCACUGUAGGAGUGGGGUAAGUUGAGCCCUUUCCCUACUACCCCGCCCUACUCUCCACCCCAGCCCUCUCUCACUUUCUCUCUCCUUAUAUAACAGUCACUUCUUCACAUUCAUGUGUAUUUUUAUCAAUUAUUCACUAUUCAACUGGUACAAUAACUCUUUUUCUUUAAAAUAAAAACAGCUGUGAAUGUUCUGAAUCACUUGAAGGCGUUCUCAUGUUAAAAUGGCUUUUUAGUAGUUAUAUGCAAUAAUAAUAAAAAAGUAACACAUUUCAACAAUC